AUGGAUGGCUCGACAGUCAAAAUUUCAGACCUUCUUCGGCACCCGGAUGACAUGGAGAAGGUAACAUCCAUGAAACUGGAAUUCAUGCGGAAGAAAGCAGAUGUGGACUCACAGCUACGAAUAGGGCUGAACGAACAGCUUAAAAUUACACAAUCUGGAAUGAAUGGAAUCAAUGAUGGUCAGAGAACAGUCCAAACAAUCAAAGACGAAAUGAUCAAGAUUGACAAGCUCUGCACGGAAGCCCAAAACAUGAUUCGAGAUUUUCCCAACAUCAACCUUGUCUCCCAAAUUCAAAAAAACUUCAGUGCAGUGGAGGCAAUGAGGAAAAAUCUGCAGAAAUUUAAUGAUAGUCUAGAGUAUGUAGAAAAUUUGUUAAGAGAGGAUGAUAUGGACCCAGAGAAUAUGCCAAACUUGCUGGAAGUCCACUAUGAGCUAACACAGCUGAGAAACAUAAGAGAUAACGCUAUGGAACAAAUUGCGCGAGCUGAUGAUCAAAGCUUACAGGGCACAUUAGAAGACUACUUCGUUAGACUGGAUGAGGUUAUAGAAUGGUUUGACGAACAUAUUGGAUUGAUUGCGCUGGACAUCAUUAAUGUCCUUAUCAAUGGAAAUCAAGACAUGAUAGUUCGUUUCGCAGUUAUCAUCGAAGCUGAGGAAAAAAGUGAUAAGAGGGUAACAGCUUUACAGGAAGCACUGAAAGAUCAUAAGGAAAUGGCUGCCAGGUUUCAGGGUAUAAUGGAUGGCGCUAGAACUGUACGAGGUUACAAAGAAAAAUUUCUAAUGGCUAUACAGCUUCAUGCUGAUGAGCAAAUGACAGCAUCAAAAGAAAUAUUUCUGGAGGAUCCUGGCCGUUUAGAGAAAAGUUUUAAGUGGUUUUUUAAUGAUCUCAAUGCCGUUAAACAAGGUAUGGUACCUCUAAUGCCAAAAAAGUGGAAAAUUUUCCAGACGUAUGGAAAAAUAUAUCAUAAAACCAUGCAUGACUUUCUUGUAGGAAUGGUUGAUGAUCCAGAUACCAAUUCAGCCAAUACCUUAUCUAUUCUUAAUUGGCCAGAAAAAUACUAUGCAAAGAUGUCAAGACUUGGAUUUAAAGACGAUGAGCUGGAGCCUCACGUCUUAGAUAAUCGAGAGAGCGAACUUGUCCGGGAUUUCCAGCUCCUAAUUGUACGCUUUUUGGAUAAGUGGCUGGAUCGUAUAUUCCAAACGGAACAAAAAGAUUUUGCGGAUCGAAACAUUGAUGGAAGUAACCUUGGUACAGAUGAAUACGGUUACUUUCGAACUAACAACUUGGUCGACAUGUGGCGCAUGCUUGCCGAACAAAUAGAUGCAGCUGGAAAUUCACAACGUAUUGAUGUUGUAGAAGGAGUGGUUGACUCGAUGAUUUUCCGCCUCAAAACCCGCCAACAGAACUGGCAAAAAAUGCUUGAUGAAGAAGCCUCCAAGUAUAACGGGAAUAAUCCAGAGACAGAGGGAUUUCAAGCCCUACAAGACUGGCUUGUUGCUACCGCAAAUGAUCAGAUAGCUUGUAUAGAUGACAACGAAGAUGAAGAGCGAUAUGCGUAUCUGACCAGCUUUCGCCAAAAGUUUGAGCCGCUAGUUUCCCCAUCAUACUUGCAACGGAUAGAUGAACAAUUAUUAACCCUUCGAAAUGGCUAUGUUGAUCUUAGUACACACUGCAUUGCGAAAUUUGCACAGCUCAUUUUUCUCGUAGACUUCAGAGCAGUGAUUCCCGAUUUCUUCACACAAAAAUGGUAUACGGCCACUGCUAUGAAACAAAUGAUAGUCACUUUCGAAGAAUAUGUUGGGGACUAUAAGACUGUUUUACAUCACUCGCUGUUGGAUAUUUUUAUCGAGGAGCUCGCAGACGAACUCCUCAUUCGCUAUCUAUCAGGCGUCCGGAAUAAAGGUGCAAAGUUCAAGCGCCAAGAUCCGUUCAAAGAUAAGAUAUUUAAUGAUGUAUCUACUGCGUUCGAGUUCUUCAAUAAUAAUGAGCUUCUGAGUCCUGAUGUCGCAGAAGUUAUUAAGCAAAAAUGGAGAGUCACAGAAUCUUUCUUGGCUUUGAUUGAACUAGAAAAAAGCCAAAUACCAGACUACUUCGUGGAGCUCAAGACAGACUACUGGGAUCUACAAUUUAGCUGGGUAGAGGCUGUCUUACGGGCAAGAGAUGAUUUUGAUAGGAGUUUACUAAAUUCUGUCAAAGCAAAAGCAGCCCAGGUAGUUGUUAUUAGAGGCUCAGAAACCAUUAUGUCAAAGGUUAAAUAA